GGACGAUUUGUAACCGCCAACAGACUUCCCCCCACACCGAAACCUCGUGAUCACUGUAUAUCCACCUUACGGGAAGUCUCAUCCAGUGCCGCACGGUCUGACCGGAUUCCUAAAAGAAUAUUAUGCAUCUUUUGUUCCACCAGUUGCCCUUGUGGUGAACGUCGCCAAGCGCGCGAACAUAUAUUAUGCUAUUGCCCCUUAUUCAACCGCCAGCGCAUUCACCUACACGAAUUUUCCCGACACCUCAUACUCAGCGAAAUAAUGGGUACGGAGAAAGGCAUCACGGCAAUGGUUAAAUUCUUGGAGGAAUCAGACACCUUCAAGAAUGGAAGGCAGUAA